AUGGACAAUAACGACACUUUCUUCAACUGGAUUCUUGAUCAAGGAAUAUCAAGCACAGUACCAGACGCAGGAGCUGCUGCUGCUGCUACUGCUCCCGUGUCCUCGUCCUCUCCCCAGACAGCGACAAGCUUGACACCUGAGCAACAAAAUAUCAAUAAUUUGCUGUUUCACGAUUGGAACGAUAUGCAUCUAUCCACAUUGGACGAAAGCAUCAUCAACAACAACACAUCAGCUCCCACUAAUACCAGCAGUGGAAGUAGUACAAGCAGUGUUGAAAGUGUGGAACGAGGCAUGUUAUCGCAACAGCAGCAACAGCAACAGCAACACCAGCCACGAUCAUCCGCCCUGAAACCAUUCAAUCCUCAUGGUGGAUCAAUAAACGACGCCAAUAAUAAACUGCAACCAACUACAGGCCGUCUUGAUUUCCGUGUAUCCAACACGGAUGAAUGCCAGGUCACCGACUCACAGCUGAAGAAAAUGACAUCCAGAGAGCGACGGCAGCUGCGAAACAAGAUUUCCGCACGGAAUUUUAGACAGAGAAGAAAGGACUAUGUCACAACGCUUGAGGAGCAAGUCGAGCAGCUGCAAAACGAAAAAUCGCAACUCAGGCUAGAGGUCAAGAACGUGUACGGGAUCGUUGCCAAACUUCAAAAAGAAAACGAUCAGCUUCGUGUGGACCUCUUGCUAUCCCGACAAGACAUUGUCACCAUUACCAAUAACAACACUAGUAUCACCGCCCAAUCCGAACCGUUCACAUCGUCGUCAUCACCACCUACUGCAUUUGUCACUCAACAACAACUUCAACAACAGACACAGCCACAACAAUCAUGUACAGAUACACUUGCCGUUCCCGAACUUACUUUCACCAACGCCCUUUCAUCACCCGAAGAUGCCCUAUUCGACACCCUUGAUACGGACUUUUACAGCAACACCUCGUCAUCGUCACCUUCAUCAUCCGAUACCAACAACCCUUGGGAUCUUGUUUUGCCAGACUCUACUUGGCUUUCGCAUGCAGCUAUCCCACGCUGGGAUUGGUCUCGCAUUUUGGACAAGACACAAUCUUCGCCACCCACUUCAGCACUCAUAAACGCACGAGAUACGUUCCAAAGAUACCCGCUUUUGGCACCUGCAUUAAUGUCCAUUGUUGUCGGUCAUACCAUGUCCAUGAGUGCCGAAGAGUUAAUGCAUGUCACGGCUGUGCUCCUGCCGUCAGCGCAGGCUCAGGACGAUCAUAUGCUUUCAUUUGAUGUGAAAAGACUUGGUAUCAACAAGGCACAAGCUCCAUUGAACCACGAAUUGUUAUUGGAGCUGUUCAAGGCAUCUUUCGCAGCAGGUAAUGCCACUACUGCGCCCUUGAUCACUGAAAAGGGUACAAUCACCGAAGAGGACGAAGAUAUUGAAGAAGAUCGAGACGACGAAGGAAAUGACGGCGAGAAGCAAGAGGAAACCGAACAAUCAGCAGUAUGGAGAAGGCCUGCGUGCCCAUCGGCUUAUAUCGUGCCUUUUAUCCAACGCCAUAUCUGUCGGGUAGUGACCGAGAUGUACAAUUGUGUCCAACAGUUAGAAGCAUGUCGAAAGAGCAUGUGUCCCAUGAAGACAAAUGAUCCAGCCCAGCCUCAACCAAUGCCGCACUCCCACUGCUGUUAA